ACGGACCCUUUUCAGUCUGUCAGGGAUUGUACCUCGUUACUUUACGCACUGUGGUUUGCACUGUGGUUUGCACUGUCGCAACCAAUUUCGCUCGCUUAAAAUCCAAAACAAUAAAAUCGACUCUCGUUUUUCUUCGAAUCUCGGGCGCGCUUCUAACAGCUGGCCCUGGAGGGUCGGUCUCUUCCAUCCUCGAAACAAACCCGGACGUUACGCAACAGAUAAUCCCAGCCCAAAAUGACCGGAAUCACGAGCUUGGAUAGCUUUUGCAGGACGGCACCAGUGCCAUUAUGUGCUCUAAUCGGGCCCAAGUCGUCGAUCCAGGGUUCAAAUGGGAUCCUCCCGACAUGUUAUGCGCGCAAUAUCGAUGUGGGCAAUACGAUUAUUUUCCAGGGUGCAUCUGAUUUUGCACAUAUUGCCGCGUUGAUGAUGACUGUUAUUAUGAUUUUGCAUGUACGAUCUAAAUUUACGGCUGUUGGCCGCAAAGAAAUCACCGAUUUCUUUUACCUCUUUAUGCUCCUCACUGUAUGCUCUCUCGUCGUUGAUGCCGGCGUCGUCCCUCCCCACAGUGGACCAUUUCCAUGGUUCGUCGCUGCUCAAAAUGGCCUCGUCUCAGCUACCUGUACAUGUCUCCUGAUCAAUGGUUUCGUCGGAUUUCAGCUCUAUGAAGACGGGACAAAUCUUUCAGUAUGGCUGCUACGAGCUAGUUCAGCUGGCAUGUUUGUUAUUUCUUUCAUCGUCUCUCUUUUCACAUUCAAGGGCUGGGGAGGGUUGGAUCCUGAAAAUCCAAUUGGUCUGUUUGUUGUUAUCUACAUCUUGAACGCGAUCUGUUUGGCGAUCUACGUUGUGAUGCAACUGUUACUCGUCUAUAAUACGCUCGAUGACCGCUGGCCAUUGGGACACAUUGCAUUGGGCGUAUUCUUCUUCGUCGUUGGACAAGUUAUGGUUUAUGCUCUCAGCACCACGAUCUGCAACGGAGUACAGCAUUACCUCGACGGUCUGUUCUUCGGCACAGUCUGCAAUUUAUUUGCAGUCAUGAUGAUCUAUAAGUACUGGGACUCAAUCACAAAAGAAGAUCUCGAAUUCUCCGUCGGUGUCAAAUCAAACAACUGGGACAUCAAGGAUAUUCAAGAAGAAGACCGGCGACUCACAAUCUACCCCGACGGAGGAUCCGAAUACGCUCCUAGCACGCACUACCGCUCAUCCACUUUCGGCGGUAAUCAUUCCGGUUAUUGAAGUCGCAACACGAACAUUAAACAAACUUUCUUAAUUCCUAUGACGGCGUUUUUCUUUUUGUAUAUAUCGGAUGAUUCGACACUAUCUAUUAUUCCCAACUUCUCUUUUUGGGGUUUUCUCGACACAUGAACUGUUUUCCUUACUUCGGAUAUCCCGUUAUUCCUUGGUUGGUUGAUUUUUGAAAGAAUAUACAUAUUUCUUACUAAUGUGUUUACCGUUGGAUCAUGGCCUUUGCGGUAUAAUAACGUUUUCCUUUCUUCGUUCACUUUUGUGGUGUACGACUACCUUCUGAUAUUGGCACUAAAUGCCAAUUUUGUGUUGUUAAUGAUACGAUUAUAACAUACUGUCCUAUUCUUGAC